AAGACUUAUACUGCACCCUCUGACACUUUACGACAACACAAUAUCGAUAAAACAAACCCUAGCAACCUAAAGUGUCAAUUUGUCAAAAGAAUGAUGUCUCUUUUUAUAAUCUUAACUUUGUUAAUACAAAGUUCAUUCGCUGGUGAUCUCUUAUCGACCGAAGAUACGGAAGAAGAAAAAGAAUGGGAAACCUUACGGACAAGGACUCUUCCUCCAGUAACAGAUAAUCCUUUUUCCAAAGAUUCCAGCAGCGGCAGAGAUGAAAUUAACACCACAGAGAUCGAAGAAGCUGUUAGAGACAUUGGCUACUUUUUGAGAAAUCAUAAAUUUAACGAAUGGGACAGAAGGUAUUACAGAAAUGGGUCUUCUGGUCCUCGAGACUAUCAUAUGACGUUCCCUAGACCACCUCUUCGGUCUCUUCACUGGGAAGUACGAAAAUUCUGCGAGGAGUCCUUUGUAAUUUGUGUAAAAUAUGUGGCGCAGGAAGCCAGAAGCGCAGGACUCAAAAGACAAGACGAUUCAGUUUAUGUCACAAUCCAGCAAAAAUGGUUCGAGUCAAACUAUUCUGAGCAAGUUAAUGCAAUAGAUUCGCACUGUAGGGCGCUGAAAAGUAGGGACGACAUCACCGGGAGACCCUUUCAAGGACCAAUUGAGAGAUAUCAGUGGAGAGUUACAGCGACCUACUAUAUGUGCUGGUAUACAUUAAACGAAGUACCAUUUUUGCGUCAUUUUAACGAAACAUGCGACAAUUCCGCGAACUGUAUUGGCCAAUUGUCUGGUUUGUACAAUAAUGAUCCACGAGCGAAGGAUGAGCAGCCUUUCGCGUGUGCUCUCUACAGCUUCUGCCCCGAUAUGUGCUGUACUUUGCCGGUUACAAACGACACGAAAUCCUGCUGGGAGCAAAGAAAGGAUAAUCCCUGUUUCGAAGGUAAUCCUGCCGGUCAGCGCGAUUGUUCGAUGGAACUCUGGCGGAAUACCGACUUUAACGACAUUGUCCUCAACCGAUGGAACGUGACCUGUAAAUGCCCACGAGAGGGAGUCGAGUGGAAUUCCCGGUUUGGUAUGUGCAUAGACGUCGACGAGUGUCUCUUAGGGUUGCACAAUUGCAGCCUCGGAACACAGGAAUGUAUAAACUUGGUCGGUUCGUUCAGAUGUGUCUGCAGGUGGGGUUACAUCUGGGACAAAGUUUCCCAGGGAUGCACCGAGAGCAAGGCUGUAAGGCUGAUUACAUACAGAAAACAGGAGGACGACAGCAAAAAGUCCACGUCGGAGACUGAAACGUCUUUUAUUAAAAGAAUUCUCAGGAUGUUUCAAGGACCAAAGAAACAGCCAAACAGACAGUAACGUACCACUGAUGAAUCUCAAU